AUGCUUGUAUUCAGGCGGAGACCCCGCAAAAUUGAUGCUGGAGCAACCAUCACCGCCGAAUCAGCUGCUGAACUUUCUGCUAGUUUCGCUGCUGAUCUUACCGCAAAAGCGAAUGUUAACGUGACUGCUUCAUUCGCUGCCGAGUUUGCUGCUGCAGUUGGUGCCGAAGUAUCUGGACAUGCUGAAUCCACUGCUGAGGACAACAAUUAA